AAAAGUGGCAUCAUCCCCAUUUCACAAACGAGGCUUAGAUGGGAGAUAGACUUGUAUGCCGGCUAAUACAGUGUAGACUUGGAGUGGAACCCUGGGCCCCUCACUGCCUCUACUGGAAUCCAAGGGGGACCCUCAGACCCUGUUCUCAGAGCAUUUCACUCUGGCACAUGGACAGUAAGUGCUCAGUGAAUGGGGGCUCUCAGUGGGCGAGGCCAGGGCACGAACACUGAAGGAUGCAUAGCUACACAGGGCUAUAUACCCUCCGUGCUGGUGCAGGGCCAUUGGGGUUCCUGGAGGAGAACCAUCGUUGUGGUUUGGGUCCCUCCCAGGCAGGGGGGCUCUUGACGUAUUCAGACCACUUCUGACUGGGACCUGCUGACUUCUCACCGCGAGCUGUUAGCCAAGGCACAGAGAUGGGUGAGAGCAAGGGACACCUCAGGUGCCCAGGGUUCCAGCAGCCAGACUGGGAAGGGGACCCGAUCCCACCGCCCUUCUCCCUUCUCCUUCUGCCAUCCCCCUUCCCCCAGCCUCUCUGAUUCAUGCAGUGAAUCAGUGACAGGAAAGAGCCCUUGGCCUGCUGGUAAUGCCAUUAGUAACCCCCUAAGGGAAAGGGGAAGUGGAGAGGGAAGGGGAAAGGUGAGCCAGCCCAGCUCCCUCAGGCCAGAAGGCCGCAACAGGGCUGCUGUGUCUUGCCCUUAACCCCACCCUGACCCCACUACCUCCAUCUGAGAUGCAGGUGUCUAGGAGCCUGGCUGACCAGAAGCACCGGGGGCAUUCUCCCCAGACCUACUGAAUGGGAAAGUCAGCGAGAGAAACUCUAGAAUCUGUACUUGUAAAAAUGCAGCCCUCCCCCAUGAUGCUGUAGUCAGGUGGUUGUAGGGGCCCUGACUCACCCUGAUCAGGGUGAUAUGGGGGUAUCACCAAGGGGAAGCAUCAGCUAUGAAUGAACCAGGAGCCGAAAGGGGUGCUGUUUCCUUUAAGGUGACGUUCUGUACUUGUAAACAAUUUUGUUUUGGAAAGCUUUCCAGCAGUUCCCUGUGUGAAUUUUCCAGGAGGCUUUGGAACAUCUGGGGUAUGUUCUUUCUUUUAAGUCACAGGUUUAAACGGGAAAGAGAAAAUUUUCCAUGCCGGCAAGAGGGAGGCAUCUAUUGCAGGGCAGCGUCCAGGCCUGUGUCUUCUGCAGGGUCUGAGCUGAGCACUGGGUGGGCUGGUGAGGAGGCCCCGCCCCCUCUGGCCGGUUCCCAUUCUUCUGCUCUUCUCCAUCAGGAUGUGAAGAUCUUCCGGGCCCUGAUCCUAGGGGAGCUGGAGAAGGGGCAGAGCCAGUUCCAGGCCCUCUGCUUCGCCACCCGGCUGCACCACAAUGAGAUCAUUCCUAGCGAGGCCAUGGCCAAGCUCCGACAGAAAAAUCCACGGGCAGUGCGGCAGGCUGAGGAGGUGCGGGGCCUGGAGCAGAUGCACAUGGACGUCACCGUGAACUUCAGCCAGGGGGGCCUGCUGAGCCCCCAUCUCCGCAACGUGUGUGCCGAGGCCGCGGAUGCCAUCUACACCCGCCAGGAGGACGUCCGGUUCUGGCUGGAGCAAGGUGUGGACAGCUUCGUGUUCGAGGCCCUGCCCAAGGCCUCAGAGCAGAUGUUGCUGCCUCGCUGUGGGCAGAUGGGGGACCGCGGGAAGCCCUGCGUCUGCCGCUACGGCCUGAGCCUGGCCUGGUACCCCUGCAUGCUCAAGUAUUGCCACGGCCGUGACCGCCCGACGCCCUACAAGUGUGGCAUCCGCAGCUGCCAGAAGAGCUACAGCUUCGACUUCUACGUGCCUCAGAGGCAGCUGUGCCUCUGGGAUGAGGACCCCUAGCCGGCUCGGGAUGAGGGCUGGUCCCGGAGACAGCUGCUGGGGGCCCACUGCUCCUCCCCCAGCCGCCAGAGGGCGUGGCCACCCCCAACCGAGGCCUUAUUGCUGUUCCUUCCCUCCUAAUCCCGGAGCCUCUGGCCCCCGACUUGUCACUGUGAAAAGGGGUGUGACACGGCAGGGGUUAACUCAUGAAGGCAGCCCCCCACUCCCAUGGGGACGGAGGGAGAAGGGGGUUCUCCAAGCUUGACCCCCGCAUCUCCCCUGAAAUGUUCGCUUUCAAGCAACCAAAAUAGGACAGCGUGACUCUAUUUAACUCUUUGCAGGUUUAGACCCUGGAAGGUGUCGAUGCCUGUGACACCCACCUCCCCACGCCCAGCCCCCUGCCCCACCCUCCAGAAGGAGCUGGCCCCUGUGCACCUUCCCACUGCCCAACAGGGAGGGGAUCCUUGCGCCAGAGAGGGGGCAGCGCCGACAGCGGAUCUCAACAUGUUCUUCUCACUACUGGCCUCUGAGGCUGCCCCGGGGCCAUCUGGGGGCCCCCCACCCUGAGACAGACCACAGGUGCCUUUCCGCAGACCUGGACUUUGCCGAGGGAGCUGGAGCCGGCUUGCACCCUCGAAGCAGAAAUAUUUUUGUAAGGUUUUGGGACAGGGAGGGAGCAUGAAGUAUGAGGAAAACUUGAAUCCCAGAUUUUUAAUGCAAAGUAUUUAUCGUUUGUACCAGAAAUAAAAGUUUAAAUUUUUA